AUGCAUUGGAAAGCAACAACAACAUUAAUUUGCCUAUAUGGUAUAGUAAAGGAAUUUCGUCCAGCGACACCUUUCUUAACGCCUUAUCUCGUUUCAUCGUUUAAAAAUUUCACAAAUGCAGAAUUAUACAGCCAGAUUUAUCCCUAUUGGACGUAUUCUUAUUUGGUCGCACUUAUACCAGUGUUCUUUUUAACGGAUAUUUUACGCUAUAAACCAAUCAUUAUGCUGGAAGCAGUUUCUUUAUGCGCCACAUGGGCAUUGUUGGUUUGGGGAAAAACUGUUUGGCAAAUGCAAAUUAUGCAAAUCGCAUUUGGCAUAUCUUCUGCAUCAGAGGUUGCUUAUUAUUCGUAUAUGUAUGCAGUAGUAACUCAGAAACAUUAUGCAAGAGUGACGUCUUAUUUGCGAGCUGCUGCAUUAGCGGGUAAAUUUAUGGCUUUUGCCUUGGCACAAUUUUUAAUUUCCACUGGCUACGGAUCAUAUUUGCUUUUGAAUCAGAUCUCGUUCUGUGCGCUCUGCCUCGUUUUAUUUAUUGCGCUAAUACUUCCAUCCAUUCCAUCAAGAAUAAUAGUCAAUAAGAUUGGGGAAGGAACGAACAACGUACGCAGAAAUUCUAGAGAAACUGUCGAAUGGAAUGAGACGCAGGAAGAAACGUAUCGAAUUGCUGCGUACUUUCGCGCUAUCUGGAAUCAUAUGAAAAUUUUCAAACGAAAUAAAAUAGUUCUUAAAUGGUCGAUCUGGUUUGCACUUGCGACUGCUGGAACAUACCAAGUAUACAAUUAUAUCCAAACACUGUGGUCAAUCAUGCAAAAUGUUGAUGAAAAAGCGGCAAAUGGAAUAACAGAAUGUGCAAACACUCUUAUUGGUGCACUAUUGUCUUUUAUUGUACAAUAUCUUCACGUAAAUUGGGUGAAACGUGGUGAAUCAGUUUUAUUUAUAUCGUCACUGGUAGCAGGUUUAUUGCUGUUGUUGGCUUCUCAAAUAACAAGCAUCAUUUUGGCUUAUAUCAUUUAUGUCGUCAUAGCUUCUAUUUAUCACCUGCUUAUCACUGCUGCAAGCGCAAAUAUAGCUUCGGAGUUAGAUUCUGCCACUUAUGGACUUAUAUUUGCGUGGAAUACAUUCAUUGCUUUAACUAUACAAACAGCUAUAACCUUUGCAGUUGCGGAUGAACAUGGUUUUGCUUUAGGUAUACGAGAUCAGUUUAUUGUCUAUGGAGGCUACUUUGUGGGUGUGGCCUUAUUGUUUAUGGUGCUUAUAAUAUGGAAAUCUAUAAAACGGAGCAGAUAA